AUGUCCCUCACGUCCACAGAGAUCGCGGAAGAGCGGGAGAUGACGCGUAACCAACGCAAUCUCGUUGAUACUUGUUUUGAAGAAGGCCAAUAUGAAUCUGGUAUCGCCGCGCUCGAGCUCCUCCGGUCGACGGUGUUCAAACCACCACCCGACAUCAUCCGUCAGCUUCUUUACAUCGCCUUGUAUCCGCCUCCCAGCCACGCCGAGGAUGAGCAGGAGAAACCCCAAACCCCCCUCUCGCCUACCAAAGGGUCGCCGUUGAAGCAAAAGCAGCUCCUCCAGAAGACUCCCUUUGUCCCAACUAUCGCAGCUUCAGCGGCUGCUCAGCGACUCUUAUUCUCUUUCCUUUGUACGAACACCCCUGACACUCUGUUCCGUGGCUUGCCUAUGUACGCGAUCAUAACUGCGGAUGACUGUGCCCCACGAUCAGAAGCAGUAAGCAAAGAUUACGACGAAGAUUCUCCCAUAGCACGAGAGGCAUUGUGCAUCAAGGACGCCAGGCACUGCUGGGCAACAGUCAAGGAGGACUUUAUUCAGCGCGGAAAAUGCGCUCCUCUUCCUCAAGAGAAGAGGAAACGACGGAGGAAGCUCGCCAUCGACUCGGCAGACGAUGACUCGGAUAACGCAUGCAAUCCAGUCCCAGCCGUUGUAGCGGAGCACGCGUGGCCGGUGUUGGAUUGGUUUCUACGUGUCUUCGAAAAGGAUGAAUUUCUUACAGAGAAGAAAUCCCGUGGUGCGUCUGGUAUCUCCUGUGAAACCGACACUAAGAAUGUGAUAGUGAAGUUCUCCCCGCUUUUGUUAUCGCAAAUACUUCUUCCGAGAGGCGGGUGUGGUCCAAGGCAAGACGUUGAUGCACCACUUGAUAUCAUGGUCUGUUGCACAACGCAAGAUUGCAGCCUACGACGGUUGAUGGGAACCCGCCUCUUUACACUGCUCAUCAACCUCACUCAGACAACCGAUUUCGAUGCCAAUAUGUUUACAGCGGCAGUGAUCGCACGACUGUAUUCUUCUCCUGAUGCUGUUUUGUGGUUGAUAACCAGCCUGCCCAAAACCAUGCCGAUACUCAACUUUCAGGUUGCACUAUGCCAGCGGUACUUGUCGGGGGUCUCUCAGAGUUGCGGAAAGGUCAGACGACCGAAGCCUCAAGCCCGCGCCCGGCGUGAUUCACAUGCUACUGCGGGAUCUGCAUUGUCUGCGAAGGAAGGUGGAGUAUCGACGUCCACUGGACUUGCCGGGGCCUCGUGCAACGACAUGCUUGCCCUACUCGAAUCUCAAGAUUUUGUUGAGUUACCCGCGAUUACUAUGAAAUACGUGCUUCUUGUCGCGUAUGCCCUGAUCCAAUCGCAAACAACUCCUGAUCAAAUAGACCCAGGCUGGAAGGAUGUGCAAUCGAAUGGUAGGCUGAAGCGUGCUGUAAACAAUGCUUUUCCGGAAAAAGGCGAGGGGUUGGAGUACAGGGCGACCCUCCUUGCUAUGUGCGACUUGUGGCUCUUAUCGUGA